GCGAGUUGCCCCACUCACAACAACAAAAAUCCCACACUGUGGAGCUAUCGACCCGUGAGCUUUGGUCCACAACAGCCACAACAUCCACUGUCGUCAUCCACCAGCAUCUCCCCAAAUACCUAGGAGUCAACGCUGCCACCGUCCUCGCGCCCCCUUGGAAGAAGGAAGCGGAGAAACCUUCCAUUUGGUCCUUCUGCGCCAGCAGACCCCGAACCAGCAAGGAACCAACGCCGUUGGAAUAAAUAAGUAAAACCCCCCCCUAAAAACCAUGGACCACAGUGGAACCCCAACGCCAGCGCCGCGCGCAUUACUCAAGUCCAAAGUGGUAAUGACACCCUCCGUGGAACGCGAACCAUCACCUGGCUCUCACCGUAUCGAGGAGGACUACCAACGAUGCCGCUUGUGCACCCGUCACCACGCACUGCGUCUAUGCCCCGUGUUUGCAAGUAUGCAGCCGCAGCAACGGUUUUUGUUGGCAAGGGCACAUAAAUAUUGUACGAACUGUCUGGCGUUGUCGCACACUACAGCUGAAUGUACCUCAAGUGGUCUUUGCAAGGUUUGUUCACUGCAGCACCACACCCUCUUGCAUCGACGUAGUACAUCGACAGUCCGCCGCAGCAGCCCGAAUGCCGCAGUGCAGCCCCUCAAACGACUAGUUCAGCCCAAGUUACACUCCCCACAACGUGGGGGAUCAGGGCGUACCCCAGCUCGCUCCAAGCACCUCCGACACCAUCCAACGGCCACGAACGUCGAAAACCGUAGAGUCCGGCGCACGAAGGAGGGACUGCAAACCGCAAAUUACCGAGACAAGACCACAAAGCUAUUGGUUCAGGAGGCGCUCAGGACACUCCAGGAGUUAAAGGAAGCACUAUCCGCUUAAUGCGGCUAGGGCCGGCUGGAUGUUCACGCGAACAACGCUGCAGCAUGUUCGCCGUUAACUUCGGAUCAUCCAAUUACAUUUUUUUCUUCAUAUAAAUGCGGCAAUUUGUUUGCAAUGAAUUUUGUAUUUUUUGUCUAAACUGAUAGUCUAGGCGCUAUGUAAGCAUCUGGCGAUACGGGUGGCAAUGCAUGUAUUGUCUACUCGUAUCUGUGUAGACUUUUUUUGACAUUUGUUUUGCAUACAUAUAUAUAUACCCGUGCUGAAAAGAACUAAAAACACUUUCGAUUUUUAUACAUUCGAGCUCG